AUGUUAGUCGUUUUUGGCCUGCUGAUCAUCCUCUCUGGACUCAUUUGCUUCACGCUAGAGCAGCACUGGUACAAAGGCAUGUCGCCAAUGAUGAAGGUGCCAGUGUACACCAUCCUAGGAACUUCGGUGGCAUUCGCCCUAACAUUCUCAGUCGUCGAUUUGGUGAACUAUGUGCUGGGCUUCUUACAGGUCUCAGUGGCGAAACCCUUCGUCGAGUCUGCAGCACAGGUCUACAUGGUCUUGGCCUGCGCCUUGAUCAUGGGCGGACUCUUUGGCCUGAUCUUCGGGGUCAUGGACGUUGAGGCCCGGCAGGGCCCCGGUGGAUUUAUCCAGUUUGUUGGAUGA